CGCGAGUCUUGAGUCUCACUUCCGAGUAAAUAUUAGCCAUGCCAUACUCGCUCAAGGGACGAAACGUCCUCAUCACUGGCGGUUCGCGAGGCCUGGGAGCCGCAGUAGCUGAGAGAUUCGCCGCAGAGGGAUCAAACGUGGCCAUCAACUAUGUUUCUAGCGAGGACCGGGCUACAGCGCUCGCAGCGCAGCUUGAGGAAAACCACAAGAUCAACGCAAUAACUCUGCAGGGAGAUGUCAGCUCUCGUUCAGACUGCGAGAAUCUUGUGAAGCAGACAAUUGAACAGCUAGGCGGGCUGGAUGUCAUAAUAUCCAAUGCUGGCUGGACUAGGAUCUCCAACUUUGCUGAUCUUGAUGCAUUGACGGAUGACGAGUGGGAUAGGUGCUGGACAACCAACGUCAAAGCAAACCUGCACCUCUUCCGAGCUGCAAAACCGACUCUCGACGCCAAUCCAGAUGGCGGUGCGUUCAUCAUUACUUCUUCCACGGCGGGCAUAACCCCCGGUGGUAGUAGUAUGGCGUAUUCAGUGAGCAAAGCGGCAGGCUUGCAUUUGAUGAAAGCCCUAGCCUCCACGCAAGGGUCCAAAAUUCGCGUCAAUGCUUUGCUUCCUGGCCUCAUUCUCACAGAAUGGGGGCAACGGUUUCCAAAGGAGGUUGUUGGCAUGUACGAGGAGAAAGUACCACUGAAACGCGUUCCCUCCGUCGACGAUUGUGCCGAUGUAUUCAUCACAAUAGCAAAAAACACUUCCAUGACAGGCCAGCAGAUCCAAGUUGAUUCUGGGUUUGUGAUCAGAUAAUCCCAUACAGAGUGAGAAAGCACGCGUGACACGGAACGCAAUUGAGAAGACUUGUCUUGGAGAUUGAUGAAAUGCGGCACACCCACAGCGUUUUUCAUCAGUGAAGAGGUUCAUAGAAUUUAGAAAUUAGCGUUUCAUCGGACAUCCCCCUGUGAGCCAGUGGCUGAAUAGCCUUAGCCUUGAGGGC